UUCGCCGCCAGUGCUGCGCGCCUCUGGGCUGAGUCUGACACACUGACAGAGAGAGUGAGCGAGGGAAGGAGAGGGGGAGAAAGUCGGAGAACAGGAAAGAGACGGGGCAAAGAGACAGGAAAACCCAUCAGAAGGAAAGAGGGACAGGCGAGAAGUGACAGAAGAAAGAAGAAGAAGAAGAGGCUGAACGGAGGACCCGUCGCACUUCUUCUCCUCUGACAGAGCAGAUAGAGUUAUGGCUGAAAACAACACAAGUCUCUUUCUGGAAGUGCUUCAGUCUUUUGAUGCCGUCCCACUGAUAAUAGCAUUCUGCGUGUCCGUGGCUGUGGGCCUCCUCCUGGGCGCCCUGGUUUACGUCCUCCUGACUUGGAUGUCCCGGCGUAGAGCAGGCUCUGCCCGUAUCACCCGCCGCCCGCCCCACCACUCCCACGCCUCGUCCCGCAACCGCCCGGGCUUCAAUCGCAACAGCAGCUACGACCGACGGAGCAACAACAGCUUAGUCAGCGCCGCCUUCAGUUUCCACCGGCAGACAUCCUCUCCCGAUCACCUGGACCCACUGGGGCACAAAUCCAGCAUCAGGACCUCCACGUUCCACCCACUCCUCCAGUGCAGCCAGAUUGCAAGAGAGGCGGAGGAAGGGAGCCAAACCACCCUGCCUCGAACUCCAACUCUGACCAUGUCGACCGGAUCCGCCCAGUCCGCAGCGCCGCCAGCUGCCACACCGCCCAGACCAGAGUCCUUCUGGGGGAACAACGGUUUGAGGGGAUUUCACGCCACGCAGACCCCACCUCCAGCCUACGAGAGCAUUAUUAGAGCCUAUCAGGAAACCUGCACCUGAUGAUAACUGAAAGAGCCACUGACGGAUUGUUGACAGACUGCAUGCACAGAUUUACACCAGCAACUGGACUUUGGUGGAGCAAACAAGGGGUGAAGGUCAAUUAUUUGUCAUCCUCUUCACAAAAAUAACAUAAAAGAGCAUCAUAUAGCAUGUCUCUUAGCUACAACUGGCAUAUACACUUUUCAGCCAUAACAUUAUGACCACUGACAGCCUCUUUAUUGUGCCACUUGUUCAUUUGUGGGAAAUAUCAGCCUGCCAGUGAAGAAUUACUCCUCAAAGUUCGUGUGCUAAAAGUAAAAGAAAUGGUCAACUUUAGGGAUUUGAAUGAGUCUGAUAAAGACCAAACUGUGACGGAUAGAUUACAGGGUCACAGUGUCUGCAAAACAGCAGCUUUUGUGGGGUUUACCAGGCCUGCUGUGGUCAGUCAAAAAUGCUCCAAGGAGGGGAAAGUCGGGAAUGGUCAGUGUGGCGCUUGAUGGAGGCUGCAACAUCUUCAGUAGACCACCUUUAGAGAAAGCUUUGCCUUGAGGGAUCAGAGGUGUUUUAUCAGCAAAAGGGGGACCUGAAUGAUAUUAUCCCUUAAUAUUAUGGCUGAUUGGUGUAUGAACUAUAAAACGUAUCAGAUAUUUAAAAAGGGGCAUUGGUUUCUUAUAAUAUGAACAGAUAUAUAUUUUUUUUUUAAUCAGCUACUAGUUUUUAAAUGCAGUUGGUUGAGUCUUUCUCCACCUAAACUAAAUUAAAAAAAUUAUUCACGUGUUUGACUCUGAUGCCACAAAUUUUAAAAACGUGUGAAGUAUGUGAAUUGGCAAAUUGAACAUGUGCCAACUGGGCGUAUGUGCAAAACAAUGUUAAACACCACACUGAAUCAAGCAGAUUUGUGUGAGUAAUUCAGAUCAGUUUUGUUUAUAAGUGAUAAUGUGACCAAGACACACAAAAACGUGGGCAUUUGGGAAAGUUUUGAAUAUGGAAAAAGUGCUCUUUGCUAUACUUUGAUAGAGUUCGGGGGUGUUUCAGUAUUUAUUUUUCUAACAACUUUUUUUUCCUUUUGACGCAAAGAUUUGUACUUUUACACUAGUUUACAAGAAAAGCAUUACAUUAAGUAUUUCUUUUUAGUUUGUGUGUGAGCUCCAUUCCUUUUGUGUUUGUUUAUACUGUGUGCCUUUCAAACAACAAUUGUGUAUCAGUCAGUGUGUUUCAUAAGGCUAAAAGACAAUAAGAUUUGAUUUCAGUGAAAACAAGUCUAUUAAAUGUGCUGUCAGUAUAAGAGAACCCCAUAAACCACAAAAAUCUAAGAAUAUAGAUGAUGGAGCAAAUUCAGAUCAGAACCCAAAGCCUUUAAAAGAAGUACUUGAUGUUGAAGAAGAGAAACUGCUCAAGACUUUGUCCUUGGAUUUUUGUACUUUGAGUAUACUUCCUGACUUUGAGUGCUGUUUCAUACAUAUGCAGAACAUAAAUUAGUACUUUUUUCUUCCCCUGUCUUUAACACAAGCAUCUGGACUUGAGUGAAGACUGUAUUUUUACCAUCUCUGGAUGUGUUUGAAUGUAAUUAACUGAACUGUGCCCUUAAGUUAAUGCAAUAAAAGCAAGAAUCAAAUGUU